AUGCGUGUAGAACGUAGUCAAAGCCCUACUGAGCAGAUGACCAGUAUUUUAAAUGAAGCUGCUGUGGCUCCUGAUGAAAAUACUAAACUUGAUUUACUACUUAAGGCUAAAGAAGUGCUGUUGUAUCAAGAACCAAAAUUUUUACCACAAUUUAUUAAUGAUGUAAUAGCGUAUCAAAAUGACCAUAGUUCAACAAUAAGAAAAUUUGUUGUAGCGUUCAUAGAAGAAUGCUGCAAUAAAGACAAGUCGAAUGUAUGUGUCACAUUACCAAAUUUAUUAAUGUUACUGAAAGAUCGAUCACUUGUUGUCCAAAAAAGAGUGGUGCAAGCAGCUAGCAAUAUAUACAGAGCUGGAUUACAAUGGAUAUCAAUGAUUGAUUUACCUAGUUCUGAUUUAUCGAAUGUAUGGCAAGAUUUAUCAAAUUUAAAAUCGCAUGUUAUUAACAUGAUUGACAAUGAUAAUGAAGGUAUUCGUACUCAAGUAAUUAAAUUCAUGGAAACAGUAAUACUUGUACAAACAUACAAAGGUGAAGGCGGUGUGGAUCGUGAGAAUGAUAUGUCACUUGAAGAUAUACCUUUAACUCUCAAAGUUACUCGCCGUAGAAGACUUGAAGAUGAAGCAAAGGUAUUGUUUGAUCUUCUGUCAAGAUUUUGUCAUUCUGGUAAUGUAGGCUGUGCAAAUUUAAUGACUUGCAUGGGAUCAUUAACACUGAUUGCCAAAUUUCGUGUGUCAUUUAUUGAAAAAGUCUUAACCACAUUAGAAACAUUAACUAAAAAUAUACCAAAUUCAUUAACUCCGAGUCAAUCAACCUCUGUUCAGAAAAAUCUAAAGUUACAAUUUUUAAGUUUAUUGCGUCUCCCUGCUUCAACUGAACAUCAGCAAACAAUUGGGAGACUGUUAUUAGAUAUUGGUGCUUCCAAUCAAGAAAUUAUGAAAGCACUUCAAGUUUUGUCAAAAAAUGAAGAUAGUAAAAAGUUAUUACGAUCCUUAAAACGUAAAAAUGAUGACAAAGAUGAUAAAAAACUAGAUAAAGAUGACAUUCCGGAAAAAAAGAGAUGUACUGAAGGCACACCAUCAGAUCGACAUAUUAAUUCAAUUAAAACAUGGGUUCUUGAAAAAUUAUCUCCAGAAUCCAUCACAAAUCUUAUUAUGACAUUCAUGCCUAAAUUACCAUCAAAAAUGCCCUCAGCUUUUGUAACAAAUUAUACUCCAAUAGCUGCAGCUGGUACUGAUAGCCACAUAAAACAUGUUGCAAAAUUAUUAGCUGCUCAGAUUUGUGGAUCAGAUAUUGUUAUUCCUGAUUUAAAGUACAUAACUCUAAAUGACGAUGAAUCAUUAGAAGGAGUAAAAGAAGAAAUUAUAAAAAUGGAGGAAGAAGAUAUACUUUUAGCUCAACCGGCAGAAUUAAAUACGAAUAAUUGUCAAAUUGAUCCUACUGAAGCUCAAGAACUAUCUAAUGAUGCUUUACUUAGAGUUUUAGAUACUAGUAAAAUUGUUUUGUCAAAAAAGUUUAAAGAAGUGCACAUUAAAGCUAUAACUAAAGUGGCAGUUAUGUGUAGUGAUAAUUUUCGUGACAUGAUACUCGACUAUAUAAAUCUGGAUAUCCCAAAAAAUAUGAAUUUAUGCUUAUCAUGGUUGUAUGAAGAGUAUAGUGUAAGUCAAGGAUUUAUUAAACUGCCAACAGCAUUCAGAAAUACUUUAACUUCAGAACAAAAUUACAGUACUGUUUUAUGCUCAUUAAUCAGAGGGGCAUUAAAUAUUGGAGAUCUCAAAGAAAAAGAAGAUGCUAUAACAACUUUUUAUUUUGAAAGUCCAUUUAUUACUGAUGAUGCUGUAGAUAUUUUGAAAGAAAUUUGUGGUGAUCAUGCGUUUGGUCUUUUCAUUCUCAAUGAAUUGGUUACUAAACGUCCUCCAAGACAAUUAGUGUAUUUAAAUGCACUUCUUUUCUUCACUUCACAUAAGAAUGAUAAACUUCGAGAGAUUGCGUUGAAUUUUAUCAGUAAAUUGUAUAAAAAUAAGGAUUUGAAAAAUAUUAUUGAAGAAUAUGCUACUUUUUAUUUGGGAUUCUUAAGAUUACAACUUCCCCCUGAUGUACUCUUUGGUCAUGAAACAGGCCGAUUGGUCAAAUCUGAAGUGUGGGAUGAAGACUCAACUACAGCUUGCUUAUACCUAUAUUUCAUGUUAAUGGCCGAUAAUUAUGAACUUAUUCAUGAAUUAGCSUCUGUAUUUUCCAACUCGCAAGGAGAAGUAAAACGUUCAAUCAUAAAACUUUUACCACAACCUAUUCAAAAUAUGCCAAUGAAUUCAGCUGAAAUGUUUAGACUUCUUGAAGAUAUACCAAAAGGGUCUGAAACGAUGAUAACUAGAGUAUUGCAUACUAUUACUGAAAAAGAAAUUCCAUCAACAGAGUUAGUAUCAAGAGUUAAAAAGUUAUAUGAAAAUCAAAUAGUUGAAGUACGUUUCUUGGUACCAAUAAUAUCUGGUUUGGAUAAGAAAUAUAUUUUGAAUGUCUUACCUCAACUAAUAAAAUUAAAUCCAAAUGUUGUAAAAGAGGUUUUCAAUAGGAUUUUGGGCAUUAACUAUUCUAACUCAAAUCCUCCCGUCAGUCCAGCUGAGCUAUUAAUUGCAUUACAUACAAUGGAGUCUGAUCCUAAUGACCUCAAAUACAUUAUUAAAGCUACAUCAUUGUGUUUUGCGGAAAAAACAGUAUUCACGCAAGAGAUAUUGGCCAUCGUCAUGCAGAAUUUAAUGGAUGUAAAUCCAUUACCAACUUUAUUGAUGCGUACAGUUAUACAGUCUUUAACAACUUACCCCCGUUUGAUUGCUUUUAUAAUGAAUAUUCUCCAGAGACUUAUACUAAAAAAAGUAUGGCACCAAAAGACACAAUGGGAAGGAUUCAUAAAGUGUUGUCAGAAGACAAAACCUAAUAGUUUUCAGGUGUUGUUACAAUUGCCACCAGAACAGCUGGAAGAUGUCUUAUUUCAAUGUCCAGAAAUGAGAAAAUCAUUGUUAGAUCAUGUACUUAGUUUUACCGAAGUACAACGCUCACACAUUCGUCAAGCAAUUAUGGAUGUUAUAUUUGGAAAAAAAAUGGAAGUACCAAUGUAUCAAAAUUUAAAAGUGAAAUGUGAACCUGUAAGCAAUACAAACAAUCAACAAGUUUUAGUGUCUAAACAAGAAAAACUAUCACCUGAAAAAAUAUCUAAUAUGAAAGAAGACGAGCUUAGGCCUCCAGGUGAUUGUGAUGAAGACUCAAUUAACGGAAUUUAGUUGUAUUAUUAAUUUAUAACAUUAUUACUAUGUCCCAUGUAUUUGUACUUUUUUUUUAAAUAAUUACAAUUAAUCCAAUAAAGUGUUGUAUUGAUUAACUGUAAAUUGUAAUUGAAUAAACUUUUAGUUU